AUGGCAGAACAAAUCUCAGCCGCAUCAAAUGGCACGAAUGCCACCAAAACGCCUACCCUAACAGCGACUUACUCUUCUCCCAUCAACCCCUCCUUCACACACACACAAACCCUUCCCUCCCCCGCUGAGAAAACAGCUUAUCUCGCCGCGCUUCGGAAGGCAACAGCCGAAAUGCAAGACACAAUAAACAAGGAGCUCACCACGCGCAUGGAGGAUGACAAGAAACUUGCAGAAGGAGCCACCAGUGGGACCAAAAUCGACGAGGCAAAGGAGGAAGACAAUUAUGGAGAGGAGGUGGUUGAAGAAGACUGA